GCACAUUGUGAGAUCAAGACUUCCUUGACCCAAAUCUAGCCUCUAGCAUUUCAAGCUCUCAUUCUCCGGGUCUGCACAGGUUUUUAAAUCACAUUGACCUUUUCAAGCGUCUCUUAAUUUGACCUCCCAGUCCACGCCUUUCACCGUGACCCUCACGAAAGCAGAGCUCGCGAAGACUCAUAGGAUACUCAUAUACUGAUAUACGGAGAUACUCGAAUUUAAUUUGGUCAAUAGCUUUGCAAAUCUAAGCAUUGCGAAGUUUGCGCAAGCGGAUUCUCAAAGUAGGAAGCACAUUAGCACAAGUGCUUGCGGAAGAGAGAUAUUUCAUUCGGAGAGCCGUAAGACCACGACAGAAUAACGACAUAGGACCGAGGGUAUUGGCAAUAUAUCUGCAAUACUAAAGCGGCAGAAUGGGAAUAUACGAGAAAGAUCCUAUCUGGGAUGAUGUGGUACCAAUAGCACAAGAUGAUGGUGAAGGCGCUUUAGCACAAAUUGCAUACACGGAUGAAUACGCAGAGGCAAUGGGAUACCUGCGGGCUGUAAUGGCAAGCAAAGAAUACUCACCUCGCGUUCUCGAACUCACCGAACACAUCAUUACCCUUAACGCAGCUCAUUAUACAGUCUGGCUUUACCGUGCUACAACCCUCUUUGCACUAUCUUCCUCCGUAGCCGACGAACUCGCAUUUGUAAACCAAAUUGCGCUGGAAAAUCAGAAAAAUUAUCAGAUUUGGCACCAUCGACAACUUCUCAUCGAUCACCUCUACCCCUCAAUUUCAUCCUCUCCUUCGUCGCUCAAUGUGCUUGCGGAUUCGGAACGAGAUUUUCUGACACAGAUGUUCGACGAAGAUGCCAAAAAUUAUCAUGUUUGGAGUUAUAGACAAUAUUUGGUUUUGAAAUUGGAUAUGUUUAACGAGGCGGAACUAAAGAGUGUAGAGGAUCUGAUAAGGAGAGAUGUACGAAAUAAUAGUGCUUGGUCAUAUCGAUUUUUCCUAGUUUUCUCGGACCCAAAAUAUUCGACCAAGGGAUUGAAAGCAAAUGAAUUUGAUGGCAAGAUUCCAAAGGAGAUAGUGGAUAGAGAAAUCGAAUAUGCGAAAUCGGCGACAUAUGAAGCACCGCAGAAUCAGAGUUCUUGGAAUUAUUUGAGGGGGGUUUUGAGGAAGGGGGGUGUGAAGAGUGAAAGUUUGGAGGAGUUUGCGGGGGACUUUGUUAAGCUUGGAGAUGCAGAUGGAAAAGGGGAAGAUAUAAGGAGUAGUCAUGCAUUGGACUUUCUGGCGGAUGUCUGGGCAGAGAAGGGAGAAUGGGAGAAGGCCGACAAAGCGCUCGAAUUACUUGGUGAUAAGUAUGAUAAGAUUCGAAAGAAUUAUUGGGAUUGGAGGAAGGGUUCAUUCAAGGAGAUGAAGGGAUAGAGUGAUGAGCAUGGAACGACAUAAAUGAUUGGUUAUGGAAUGGCGUUGAGGUGAAGAGCAUGAGCGUAUGUUUACUUCGUUUUCCCUUGCGUUGUUGCUUGGACGAGCAUAUACCAAGUUGCUCCCUUCUGUUGAAUGAAGCUCGCAUGAAUAUACAAUUGUCUCGUGGUGAACACAUCAACUUCUGAUGAUCAUUUCGAUAUUCCAUCACACGACGUGAGCGAUUCAUUCACCGUACCACAUGCCAAUAGUGACAUUUUUGGGGCCCUUCCAAACAAAAUCAUCGUGUUCCUUUCCACUUUCCUGACUCGUCCCUAACAUCACCACAGGCGACAAGAAGAUAAACUCAAAUUUCCAAACCCAUGGAUAGUCGGUUCCACUGUCUAGAAAAUCUCACUCCCAAUCACCCAAACAAGUCAAAAUCCCUCGCUCGUCACAUACAUCAUCAAUAUAAAAUAUUCGAUCGCCAAACCAAAAGGACAAUAGCUCGACAAUAGCUCACCCCGCAUUUGCGACACCUGCGCUAUGCAUAAAG